GCGGGCUCGAUGUUUUCCGAACGGUAUUGACAGCAGGAAUGGCGAGCGCGUCUCCCAGGUCUGCGGGAAUGACUAAGCAUAUUUAUCGGGAAAACGCAAAAGACAGGGGGAUUCGAGCGUUUUCGAGGCUAUUUAGUUCUCGGGCGUGAAAAACCACCCGCUCGGGAAUAGCCAUGGAUGGAAAGAGAUCGAUUAAAAUGGAUCCGCUAUCACCUGGCCCAUGUUUAGACAUCAGCGACGACGAGCUCGUCUCCAUAUCGGUGCGGGACUUGAACAGGCAGUUGAAGCUACGCGGGCUGUCCAGGGAGGAGAUUGUGCGCAUGAAGCAGCGAAGGCGCACCCUGAAGAACAGAGGGUACGCGGCUAGCUGCCGCAUAAAGCGCAUCGAGCAGAAGGACGAGUUGGAGUCCGAGAAGUCCCAGGAGUAUCGCGACAUGGAGAAAAUGCAGGAGGACAACAAUCACAUGCGGGAGGAGAUUGAAUCCUGGCACUCGAAAUACCUGGCGCUCAAGAAAUUCGCCCAGGAAAAGAAGAUCAUUAUUCCGUCCGACUUGGAAAACAUGUAGAGCAGUUAGAUAUAUAUGUAUAUCGAUCGGCGCGCACAUUUAUGCGUAUAAAUGUGUGGGUACGCUACAAAUAGAUUUAACGAUAGAUUGGUUUCGUGCCGCAAUCGUUUCCAAACUUCUCUGACCUUUUUUUUCCAUAGAAAAGGCUUCAUUUUGUACAUACAAGUUAGAAGUGAAAUUAUACUCUUAAGUACUUUAAAUUAUAUAAUGUUGCUAUAUAAAAUAUUUGACGAUAUAACAUGUAACAGCGUAGGAAAUAUUGUAAGAGCGUCGAGUUUCACGGGACAAAGGCAAUACGGUGGUUUUUUUUUCCAUUGCUUUUUCAUGUAUCUUAACUUUCGGUACAUAAUAAAUGUAUUAAUCUGCCGACUA